AUGGGCCCAUCCGACCCGUCGACCAACCAACCGUGCUCGCGCCUGGAGUCCUUGCCCGUCGAAAUCUUGCAGUUGAUAUUCCUGCAUAGCUUGGAGGUCAACCUUCCACGCUCGUCGCCACGUCUUGGCCAUGCUUUGUCUUCGCCUUUGCUAUACACGUGGCUCAUUCGUCUUGCGUUCAGCAGUCCCAAUCCCGGCUCGCGAGAAGGUUUCUUUACCCCGGACUUUUUACCACCGCCGCUGGAUUUUUGGGCCCUAUCCUGGGAAGAGCGUCAACGGUUGCAAACCACCCUUCUAGCAUGUCGUUGGUGCACAUUUCCUUUGAUGCGCAAGUGUCAACGUGAGUAUGUCAAUCAUGCCAUUCUACGCAAAUGCACCGGUUUAGUUUUCCGCGAGGAAGACAAGGCUCUACUGUCAAAUCUAGAUCGUCGAUUCGAUGACCUAGAAAACAGCGACUGGGUGCCGAAUGUGAAGCGCGGGAAGGGGGAUAUCGUGAUUCCUGCUCAAUUGGAAGAAAGCCUGCGAACUCCUUCGUCUAAAAGCGUUGACCGCAAAGUCGCAAUUUGGUUCCAUUUAGGCGCGCUUCAGAUCCGCGAACCGAAUGAGAUUUUUUACGAGAACGACCUUUUCCGAUUACCCUGUUCAGGUGCCAUAAACCCAGGCCGCAUACCGGACAAGGUCUUGAGAUCGCCUUGGUCUGAUGCGCAAUUCUGGUUUCUCCAAUUGCUAUCCUUGGACUUUUACCUGGACGAGGAUCAGUUCAGCCUGGAGCGCUCAUUUGACAUUACUUAUCGCCUCAUUCGAAAACGCAAAUUCGAACCCUUCUGUCGCUUGAUGCGUAUGUCUUUCCGCUCUGCUAAUUGCAGGGUUCCUGCUCGGUGGCCCUUGCAGCCUGCGCACUACUCCUUGGCGCGGCGUUGCGGCAGUGGAUCCGGGGAUCAGUUUAUCAACUUUAUUCUCGAGGAGCGCUGGGAUGAUAUUCCUUCGGAAACGAAGCAGGAGCUUCUGCGGUAUAUUGAGCCACCACCGAUCCGUGCUCACACUUAA